AUGCACAACAGUCUGGACGGAUUUCAGGUCCAUCAUCCCAAGGCAAAACUGCAGUUUCCGUCAGUGAAUACACGACUUGAGGGAUGUCGGGGAGAAAAUGCAGGUGAUGAUGAUGAUGAUGAUGAUGGUGAUGAUGAUGAUGAUGAUGAUGAUGAUGAUGAUGAUGAUGAUGAUGAUGAUGAUGAUGAUGAUGAUGAUGAUGAUGAUGAUGAUGAUGAUGAUGAUGAUGAUGAUGAUGAUGAUGAUGAUGAUGAUGAUGAUGAUGAUGAUGAUGAUGAUGAUGAUGACGAUUUUAAAGCAUACAAGGACAGCAGGAUUUAA